GCGCCAGGUUGCUCCGAACGGCAAGUUCCGGAGAAAGCCAGCAGGCGAGUGCGGGCAAGCCGCGGCGGAGGAUCCCGGCGCGCAAAUCGCAGGUCGUCGAGCGUGUCGCCCGGCACGGUGCCGUCACGAGGGCGGGUUCGAGGCUGACUCACCCGCUCGCUCUCCUCUCUCGCCCGUCACGGCACACCUAUCCCGCGCCUCUCGCACGGAGACACCUGUUCCUGCGACACUUUCGAUGCACGUGGCUCCUGCGCUACGGGUCUCUGGCCGAAGCUGGGACUGAGCGCACCGCUUGGCUCUCAGAGCAACCGUCCAAAGAAGAUGACCCAGAAGGUUCCCGGGGGCCGCUCUGGCAGCAGCCCCCAGCGUGAGGAGGUCAACCUUGUGAUCGUUGGCGACGGAGGCUGCGGGAAGACCUCGCUCCUCAUGGUGUACGCCAAGGGACGCUUUCCAGAGAAAUACGCUCCGUCCGUGUUUGAGAAGUUCGCCACGAGCGUGACGCACGGGGGCCGGGAGAUCGGCGUGACCCUGUACGACACCGCAGGCCAGGAGGACUACGAUCGACUGCGACCGCUCUCCUACAACAACGCCAACCUCGUGCUUAUCUGCUAUGACGUCACCAGCCCCACCAGUUUCGACAACGUUCUGAUCAAGUGGUACCCCGAGGUUCACCACUUCUGCCCGGGUGUCCCCAUCCUCCUGAUCGGGUGCAAGACGGACCUGCGGAAGGACAAGGAGCGGACGAGGAGGCUGCGGUCUUUGGGUCAGGCUCCUAUAACCUACCUCCAGGGUGAGGAGACCAAGCAUCGCAUCAACGCCGAGCUCUACCUGGAGUGCUCGGCCAAGUACCAGGAGAACGUGGACGACAUUUUCCGGGAGGCCGUCAAGCGGGCCCUGGCGGCGUCUCGCAAGGUGCACAAGAAGAACAACUCGUGUGUCGUCCUGUGACGCUCGACCGCGGGGAGCCUCUGCACCUGAAGGCCAGCGGUGGUUCGCACUCGUACUGUACGGCGUUCGCUACGUGUCGAGAGGACAGGAUGUCGCUGGAGUGUAUCCGUGGUUCCGGGGGGGGGUCUGCGAUCCUCCAACUCCCCCUCGACGACCGGUCGGAGACGACCUCUUCGGGGCGGAACCCUGAGCCGCGGCCCUUUCGGAAGUCUUCCAGAAGGCGAUCAACCGCGGCGAACGUCACACAAUUUCCACAGCCAUGCGGUUCCACUUCCUCCACUCUAAACGUACCGCUUUUGCCCCGAAAACAUGCUGACCGUGACCACGUCCAAGUCCUGAACUCAGGGAUGAAGAACGCCACAUUCCCACAAUUACCUGCUUCCCAGGGGGGACGUUUUCUGACGGACGCAGAGCGAGAUCCCUGCCUCGUUGCCCACAAAGACAUUUCUCGCAGCAGACGGAAGCGAACGAGCUUUUUCGUUUUUAAUAAAUGAGAUACAACAACA